AUGGCCGAUGGCCCUCCUCCUCUGGGUCCUCCACCGGGACCCGAUGUUUCGAUUGCAGGACGACUUCUCGCCGCCAGUAUACCACUAUACAUACUGUCAAUCAGCCUCUAUGGCAUGCGGAUAUAUACACGAAUUCGAACUACUGCCCGUCUUGGUUGGGAUGAUGCAUUUGUCACUGGUGCUAUGAUAGCAGCGAUUUCACAAUGGGGCAUACUUCUUGCUUGUAUCCCGCUUGGCCUGGGCCGUCACAACUACUAUGUCAGCUUUGAGGAUGGAAAAGCCGCCGGCCGAUUGCUCCUCAUGAGCCAAAUCCCUUGGGGCUGGGCUAUUGCGUUGGCAAAGAUCAGUAUUGCUUGUAUGUUGUUGCGAAUCAAACAAGACAGGAAGUGGCAGAUUGCCUUGUAUACAAUGAUUGCCAUUCAACUUAGCACAGCAAUCCUUGCAAAUGUUGUCCAGCUCUCCCAAUGCUCGCCACUUUCUGCCACUUGGGAUCCUACCACUCCCGGCGCGAAGUGUUGGCCCAUCACAACUGCGCAAACAACUGUGUACGUCAUUGCUGGUAUCGGGAUCGUGACCGACAUCACUUUCGCCCUCCUCCCAAUAUCCUUCUUGUGGAAGAUCCAAAGACCUCUUCGGGAGAAGUUGAUGUUAGGAUUUCUUAUGGGAAUCGGGCUCUUUACAACAGUUGCGGUGAUAGUAAAGAUUCCUCUCAUUGCCACCUUUGGAAAAACUGGAGACGUUUUGUGGGAUAAUGUCAACGUGGCUACCUGGUCGCUGGUUGAGGGACAGCUGGGAAUCAUUGCCGCUUGUAUCCCGUGCUUGAAAUCUCCGUUCGAGAGGUUGCUACGACGCGUGGGUCUCCUAUCAACCACGACCGGAGGAAUCAGUGGACGAGUUUCUCGCCGCCGAACCGGUUACAUAUCCUAUGGAGACAACCAGUCUUAUCCACUAAGCUCAGUUAAUGCCAGAGCCAUCGGAGACGGUAACAAAUCGAGCAGGAACAACGACACCCAAAGUGAGGCAAGCAUCUUGCGGCAGACUGAUGAUGCUUCCUCGGGAGGCAAGGGAAACAUCACAAAAACGAUAGACAUCCAUGUCUCAGACGAGCCGGCACAGGAUCGGGAUUCUUUGAAAAAGGAGUGGGGGAGCGUGUAA